AUAAAGUCUCUGAUGCUCUCAACGAUUCUCUAACUCGUCUUACCGAUGAAUUCAACAAGCAUCUUAAAAAUAACCAUAUUUUACGUGAAGAUAAUAAUAAACUUAAUAAUGCUUUACAAAAGCUUAAACUCGCCUUGAUCCCUUUAGCUCAAGAAAGGCCUGUUUUGCAAGUGUUACGUAAGAUAACUCAGAACGAUGAUUUACAAAGUCAAGAUAUAACUAUGGAUAACGUUUUAAAUUUGUUUAUGGGUCUUUUACCUAUCUCUAAUUUGUUCGGUACCUCUUUACAAAAUUCUCUCGGUACUUCGAGUUCUUCUCCUUCCACUCUCUAUUCCUCUUCUUCCCCAUUGGAUUCUUGUCAAAAAUGCUCAAAAUUUGGCGAAAAUUUAAUCCGUUGUAAUUACUGUCAAAAUGUUCAACAUGUAGAAUGUUGUAGUAAUGAUGAAAAAUCUUCAUUUGAUACCGUGAACGAUCGUUGGACUUGUGUAGAUUGUAAAGAUUCUGCUACCGUUAAACGAAAGUAUUACUCUGAUAAAAGAUCUAGUUCCAAUGUUCCUUCUUUAACCUUAAUUGGAAAUUAUAAACGUAUCAAGACACAUGAUAAAAACUCUUUAAAAGACAAUUCUUCUCUAUAUAAUAUUACCACUCAUAAUCUUGAUAAUGGUGGUGUUUUGUCUCCUCAACUUACUCCACAACAAUUAAAAUCAACAAAUGGUGCUACUCAAAAUAAUAUUGAUGAUAUGACGGAUCGUUAUGCAAUGCCACAUACUCCAAUGUCUGACGAUGAUAAAAUUACAAGUGAUGAUAACGAUAGUAGCUUUAGUAGUGAUUUAGAAAUCGAAGAUGAAAAUCAUAAAGAUGAUUUAACACCUGGAACUUUUGAUCGAACUCCUCCACCUGAUAAUGGUCCAGAGGCUUCCAGACAACCUGCUCGUUUCGAUGGUGACAUGUAA